ACAAUACAUAUAGGUAAGUACAUUAUAAAUGAUAUUACAUUCUUUGUUCCAAAUUAUGCUAUAAUGAAAUGGAAGAAUUAUUAUUUACUAUUUAUUAUCGAUAUGAAAAAAACGAUGAAAUUUUGUAAAUUCUAUUAAGAUUUUUUUAUAAAACUUACCAUAGCAAAGGCUUGUCUAAACUUGUUAUCUAUAGUUCCAUCAAUUUCACCAUAUUUGUACAAUGUUCUGUUAGUCUCACUGCCAGUAAUGUUAUAUAUGUCACAUUGAAAUUGUAGACAUUUGAUCCUGCUAUAACAUUAUUACAAGAAAGGAAGUAAAGAGCAUAUGUUCACCUGAAAUGCGCAACUUCCCUUCUAUAAUAUGUACUUGUAUUUUACAUGAAAUGUUAAAUAGGUAUAAGAUGGAAGUACAAAGGAUAAGGAAUUUGUCUCUUUUCACAUCCCUUAAUUAGUAAUUGAUCAAAGAAACAGCAUUAUUCACUAAACUGUAUAAAUAAAAAGACAGACUGAAUGAAAGGUCUCAAAGUACAAUUUGUCUUUGUGUGUCUACACUAAUGACUGAUGUUGAUCUGGCAAAUUAGCUAUUAUUAGGUUUGAAGUAUUAAUGAACAUAGGGUAGUUAUAAAGCCUACAUUUCAUGUCUUGCAUCUCUGUGUAGAUCUUUAAUACAGUCACCUAAUAAUUGACUCAGUACUAAUCACUAAUGCUUGUUAAUUGCUUCAAUAGAAUGAACAAUCAAUUAAGAAAGCUAAAUAAAAUAUAGAAUUGCAAACUGUGAAAGCUAAAUAAAAUAUAGAACUGCAAAUUGUGAAAGGCCGAUAAUACAUUUUCAAACAUCAAAAAAUUUAUAAUGUUUAUUUGUAGAUCUCUCUAAUAUUGUUUUUAUCUAUAUUAGUUAGCGUAGAUCUUUGAUAUAUAAAGUUCGUGAAUAUUAGUGUCUGCCAAAACUUUAUUUCUGAUUAUAUAUCAAGUAAAAUGGAAAGAAAUAUCAAUAAUUAUAUAUUUAUUAAUAGAAAGGUUUUAAAGUUUGUUGGCCUUUAUCCAACGAGUAUUGUAAGAUAUAUCAUGUGUUGUGUGUGUAUGUUUGCCAUUGUUGUACCACAAGUAAUGCAAAUUUAUCAAAAUUGGAACGAUUUGGCCAUAGUAUUGGAAACGAGUUCAGUAUUGCUCACUAUCUUACUUACUAUAUUAAAAUCGCUGGUUUGGGUAAGCAACAGAAGGAAAAUGGAUUUUUUUAUAGAAUAUAUGUUAACAGAUUAUUGGGAAAUAAUGACGGCACAUGUUUCGAAACAUGCAAAUGUAUAUGCAAUAUAUGUGAAAAAAGGAUCUUUAUAUACUAAAGGAUAUUUAUUCUUAAUUUGUAAUUCUUUAGUAUUCUUCUUCAGUCUACCUAUAAUUGAAAUAUUUAUUACUAUGAUCAAAAAUACCAAUGAUAAUAAUAGUACAAAGCAUUUUCCAUUCAUAGCUUUAUAUCCAGAAAAUUAUUAUAAUUUUCCAAUAUAUGAGAUUAUUUAUCUUUCACAAAUGGUAGCAACAAGCUUAUGUGGCCUUGUUAUUCUGGGAACUGAUACUUUAAUUGCAACAGCCAUAUUUCACACAUGUGGACAUUUUAAAAUAAUUCAUGAAAAAAUAGAAAAUAUAGACACUGAAAUUGAUCUUAUGCAACAUGUAUAUAUAGAAAAUAGUAUUGUACAAAAAAUUAAAUUACAAAUAAUAGACUUGAUUAAACAUCAUCACGUAGUCCUUUGGUAUGAUAAUUUUAAACGAACCAUAAAUGUUUUCCUGAUAUGCAAUAUGAUUAAAAAGAAAUAUCUUAAUGCUAUAUCUAGGUUUUGUGAUUAUAUGGAAACAAUUUUUAGUCCAAUGUUAUUUCUACAAACACUAGCUAGCAGUCUCAUAAUUUGUUUAGUAGGUCUUCAAAUUGCAACUGCAAAUAUAACUGCAAGUAUAAUUUCUAAAUCGAUUAAAUAUAUCUCGUAUUUAAUCAUGGCACUUUUUCAAUUGCUGCUUUUUUGUAUUCCUGGUGAUGCUUUGAUAUAUGAGAGUUCGAUGGUCAGUAGAACUAUAUAUACAAUAGCUUGGUAUGAAUUGCCGAUUUCAUUUAUAACUGAAAUAUGUUUACUUAUGUUGCGUAGUCAAAAAUCUAGUAAGAUUACUGCAGGAAAAUUUUAUGUGAUGCAUUUAGAAAAUUUUAAUGCGGUAAAUAGAAAUUACCACAUUGUUAUAUUAAGAAAUGUAUGAGAAUUGUGCGAUU